CUGUGCUGGGACCGGGGGGUCUGAGCUGGGACCUGCGGGUCUGUGCUGGGACCGGGGGGUCUGUGCUGGGACCGGGGGGUCUGUGCUGGGACCAGCGGGUCAAUGAGCGAAGUGUUAAUUUCUACAUAAAAACGUCCAGAAACUUUCAGAUGAAUAAUUUAGAAUCACAUCGAAUACACGUGAACGUAUAAUCUGAAUGUAAGACAGAUGUUUUAUCAUCAUUAUGACCGAGAAUCACAGACGUGUCUCAGCUGUCUCAGAUGUCUCAGGUCUCACUGCUGCGUCAGAACCUUUUCCAUGGACACAAACGACCUCGUACAGUGGAUUUAUCUUUUAGCCUAAAUGUUGUUAAAUAUAUUUGGUCCAGAAACGAUGGAAUGAGUGCUUCACUGUAGACAAACGUCCUCUGUAAACAGGACUGAGGCCGAGUCCUCUGUGUGGCUGAUGACAGACCACCCUGCAGCAGGAGGGACACCUGAGCGGGCCCGACCCAGAGGCCCUGUAGUUGUCCCUCUGUCAUCAGUCGGACAUGUUCUGAGGUUCUUGUGGCGCUGACGUGUUGCUGUGUCUGUCUUGCAGAGUGGGUCAUGGAGGUGUCGUCUCACAGCCUCUUCCUGCUGCAGCAGCUCAACGUUCAGAGAGAGUUCGGCUUCCUGUGCGACUGCACCGUCGCCAUUGGAAACGUCUACUUCAAAGCUCACCGAGCCGUGUUGGCCGCCUUCUCCAACUACUUCAAGAUGAUCUUCAUCCACCAGUCCAGCGAGUGCAUUAAGAUCCAGCCCACAGACAUCCAGCCGGAUGUCUUCAGCUACCUGCUGCACAUCAUGUACACAGGUAUGUGUCCCAAACAGCCGGUGGACCAGAGCCGGUUGCAGGAUGGCAUCAAGUUCCUUCACGCCUACCAGCUGUGUCGGAAACCAGAUGAGGGCGCCGCUGAUGCCACCACUGAUGUGGUCCGCAUGUCCAACCUGUACGGCAUUCAGAUAUCCUCCCAGCUGGCCAACAAGGAGGCGCCCGGAGUCCCCAAGACCACCACGGUGUCCCGCGGGGCCCCUGAGGACGGACGCUCCUCUGGUCGGGGGGGGCGGUCCCAUUCACAGCUGUCGCUCACUGUCGGACUAGAGGGUGUCCCUUCAGAUUGCCAGGCCCCGUCACUACGCAACGUCUGCUCUGUGGCGUCUGGAGAUGACUCGGACAUCUCAGCUCGCAUCAAGCAGGAGCGGGUGGAGGAGGAGGAGGGGGAGGACGGUGAGGGGGAGGAGGGUCAGGGGGCGGGGUCUCCAUCUCCGGCUCAGGGCAGCAGUCCCAGUCAGAGUGUCCUGUUUAAAGACCGGCCCCUAGUACUUCUGUGUCCCCGCUGUGGAGAGCGAUGCUCCUCCCCCGAGGGCCUGCGGGAGCACCUGUUCAGCCACGCCCUUGACCCCGCCCGCCUGAUGGAAGGGCUGUCACACGGCAGAGAGCUGGAUGCCAAUGUGGAGGAAGGGCCACCGGGGGGCCAGGAGCAGCUGGACGCAGGAUGUCUGGAAGAGGCGCUGAGGCAGAGCCAGGCGCUGGCUAACCAGCUGGCCGCUGAGCUUAGGAGGAGUCGUGGAGGAGGUGGGGGUGGAGGGGGAGGAGGGGGGUGCAGCCCCACCCCCGCCGUCCUACACUCUCGUAAACGUAAGAUCGCCUGCGCCGUCUGCAGUCUACGCUUCUCCCAUAAGAGUCAGCUGCAGGAGCACAUGUACACCCACACCGGCAAACCGUCCCGUUACCACCGCUACAACCGCCUCUGCAGCCAGCUCUUCCAGGCCUCCGCCCACUUCUGCGAGGGCGCUGCGGAGCCCGGGGGAGGGGCAGGGGGGGGUGCCUCUGCUGGCGCCACCACGCUCUCUGAGGAGGCCAACAGGGACACUCAAGACAACGGCAGCUCCUGCUACUCCCUGGACUCUGAAAUCUCCCAGGAGAGCGUAGAUGGCGUGCCUGUGGAGUGAUGUCAUCAGAUGACAUCAUGAAGAUGUUUCACGACAAGGUGGCGUGACUGAGCACACAGGUGGUUCUGUUGUCAGGCAGUGAAAAGACAAGCCUGGAGGUGGACUCUGAGGUUUGUGUUGUGGUUCUGUUUCUGUCUCUGCUGAAGUCUGCUGGUUCUGUACCUGUGCAGGUGUGUGUGUGUGUGUGUGGUCAUAGUGCGGUGCUGUGAUCAUCAGCUGUGAGGAUCAUACUGUUCAUUUUAGCCCAUUAACUGUUUCCUUGGUCUCACAGAACUGAAUCUAUGUGGAUUUU